AUGGAGCCCGGGCUGCGGCGGCGGCGCAGGAGCCGCCAGCUGGUGGCCUCCUUCCUUCGCGACCCGGGCUCGGGUCGCGUCUACCGGCGCGGGAAGCUGAUCGGCAAGGGUGCCUUCAGCCGCUGCUACAAGCUAACAGACAUGUCCACCAGCGCUGUCUUUGCCCUCAAGGUGGUGCCACGUGGUGGGGGCGGGGCUGGGCGGCUGCCUCCAGGAGGGAAGGUGGAGCGUGAGAUCGCUCUGCACAGCCAUCUGCGACACCGCAACAUUGUGGCCUUCCAUGGACACUUCGCUGACUGCGACCACGUGUACAUGGUGCUGGAGUACUGCAGCCGCCAGUCCUUGGCCCAUGUGCUGAAGGCCCGGCAGACCCUGACAGAGCCUGAGGUGCGCUAUUAUCUGCGGGGUCUGGUCAGCGGCCUGCAUUAUCUGCACCAGCGGCGCAUUGUGCACCGGGACCUGAAGCUCAGUAACUUCUUUCUGAACAAGAACAUGGAGGUGAAGAUAGGAGACCUAGGGCUGGCCGCCAAGGUGGGGCCGGGGGGCCGCUGCCACAGAGUGCUCUGCGGGACUCCAAACUUCCUGGCCCCUGAGGUGGUCUCUAGGAAUGGGCACUCCUGCCAGUCGGACAUCUGGGCUCUGGGCUGCAUCAUGUACAUGGUGCUGACCGGAUCCCCGCCGUUCACGGCAGCACCACUGUCAGAGAUGUACCAAAACAUCCGUGAGGGCCGCUACCCUGAACCCACACAUCUGUCGCCCGACGCUCGCAGCCUCAUAGCCCGCCUCCUGGCGCCCAACCCAGCGGAGCGGCCCAGCCUUGACCAGGUGCUGCAGGAUGAUUUCUUCACACAGGGUUUCACUCCAGACCGGCUGCCCCCUCACUCCUGCCACAGCACCCCCAUCUUUGCCAUCCCCCAGCCCCUGGGCAGGCUUUUCCGGAAGGUGGGCCAGCUGCUGCUGACUCAGUGCCGGCCACCCUGCCCCUUCACUCCCAAAGAGACCCCAGGACCAGGAGAAGAGGGUCCGGAGCCUGACUCCAUGGACUGGAGCAGUGAGGCCUCCCUGUCUGAGAGAGGGGCUCCCUGCCCCGAGGUUCCCAUCUGCCUGCUUACCCAAGGGACCCUCAGGAGUGACCCUGAGGGGUCUGAGGGGAGCUGGCGGCCAGAGGUGGAGGCAGCCAUCCAGGGCCUGCUGCUCUGCCUGGACGCUGCCCCCCCAGCCACACAGGACCCUCCAGGAGAGCAGCGGCCCCUUCUCUGGGCCCCCAAGUGGGUGGAAUACUCCAGCAAGUACGGCUUCGGCUACCAGCUGUCGGACGGGGGCUGGGGUCCUGCUCCGAGACGGCACCCACAUGGCCCUGCGCCCCCCAGGGGGGACGGGGCCCUGCCUGGACCCACGCCGCCUGCCGGGCCCAGCCUCUGCCUCCUGAGUUUCCUGGUGUUUGGUCAGGCCUCGAUGCUCCUCUUCAGUAACGGGACGGUGCAGGUCUGCUGCAGUGGUGAGCAGGCUCGGCUGGUGCUGAGUGGUGAGGGUGAGAACUUGGUGCUCACCCUCUUGGAACAGGGCCGGCCUGGCACCUCCUACCCACUGGGCAUCCUGCGGAGCCAUGGCUGUGCCCCAGCUACCCGCCAGCGCCUUCACCAUGCUCUCCGCAUGCUUCAGAGCAUCUAG